AGAACCCAUGUGUCAGUGCAGGAGACCUAGAUGUGGGUUCAGUCCCGGGUGGGGGUGAUCCCGGAGGAGGAACUAGCAACCCCCUCCAGUCUUCUUGCUGGAGAAUUCCGCGGACAGAGGAGCCUGGCGGGCUACAGCCCGUGGGGUCCCGAAGAGUCGGCGCGACUGAGGCAGCUUAACACGCACGCACGAAUAGUUGGUUUACACUAGUGUGUUUCUGCUGUAGAGCAAAGUGAAUUAGUUACACGUGCACAUGUCCACUCUUCUAUGGAUUCUCUUCGUGUAUGGUUCCCGGCGCUAUUCACUAGCUUCGGAUCAGUUCUCUGUUCUGCGCCGUGACCCCGCCACCGGCCGCAUGGAGGCGCUGGGCCUGGGCCCCGUGAAGCAGGAGCGAGGCGCCGCCGAGGGCCUGACCGCCGACUCGCCGUGGCACCGCUUCCGCCACUUCCACCUGGGCGAUGCCCCGGGGCCCCGCGAGGCUCUGGGGCUGCUGCGCGCGCUCUGCCGGGCCUGGCUGCGGCCUGAGGUGCGCACCAAGGAGCAGAUGCUGGAGCUGCUGGUGCUCGAGCAGUUCCUGAGCGCGCUGCCCACCGAGGUGCAGGCCUGGGUGUGCAGCCGCCGGCCGCAGAGCGGCGAGGAGGCCGUGGCGCUGCUGGAGGAGCUGUGGCUGGCACAGGGCAUCGAGGCUAAAAGCAGGAUUAAAGCGGCUCCAUCAGUGGUCUGCCUGUCGGAUAACAAACCGCCCGAAGCGCAGUGGCUCAGAGUAGGACCAGCGACAAGGGCGCCUCAGGAUGCGACCAGAGGCUCCGGGGUCUGCGUGGGAGAGGAAGCUGGUGGGGCGACGCCCUCAGGAGAUGCGGCCCCCAGGACUGAGGAACCGGCGACGGCAGACGCCCAGGCCGCGCGCCCCUACAAGCAGGAGCCGGGCAGCCCCCCGCCGGCGCCGCCAGCCCCGCCUGCGCCCGGCCUGCCCGCCUUCCUGGCGGCCCCGGGCACCACGUCCUGCCCCGACUGCGGCAAGGCCUCGCUGAAGCCUGCGCACCUGCUGCGCCACCGGCAGAGCCACUCAGGCGAGAAGCCGCACGCCUGCCCCGAGUGCGGCAAGGCCUUCCGGCGCAAGGAGCACCUGCGGCGCCACCGCGGCACGCACCCUGGCGGCCCGGGCCCGGCUCUGCGCCCGCUGCCCGCGCGCGAGAAGCCGCACGCCUGCUGCGAGUGUGGCAAGACCUUCUACUGGCGCGAGCACCUGGUGCGCCACCGCAAGACGCACUCGGGCGCCCGGCCCUUCGCCUGCUGGCAGUGCGGCAAGGGCUUCGGGCGCCGCGAGCACGUGCUCCGCCACCAGCGCACCCACGGGCGUGCGGCCGGCGCGGGCGGAGCAGCCCCGGGUGCAGAGGGCGCCGCGCCCUUCCCGCCCUGGCCCCUGGGGUAGCUCCGGCCGCGCGCCCGGCGCCUCUGCCCUGGCUCCGCACCCCGGUGCCUGAGCCCUGUCGCGCGAUGCCCCGAACUUCAGUCUCUGGGUCAGCCCCCGCCCCGUCCUCGUCCUCGCAGUCUCUGCGUUGCGAGGACGCCUCUGCAGCCCUCCCCACCCGGAGCCCAGUCGAGGACCUGGGCAGGGGCGGGGUCCCGGGCUGGAGGAGUCUGCAGGGAGGGGACUGCGUCUCGUCCCGCCCGGGGAGACCGCCCCUUGCCGCUCCCAGGACGGGUGGAUCGCGGCAUGGCUCCGACAGGACGACCAGGUUCCAGCAGGGGUAUCCGAGCUGUGGGUCCUUGCGCUGCGACCGGCCUGUCAGGCAGGCCCGAGGAGGACAGGUGCCGGAGACCGCCGCUGACCAGCGUCUGGAGAGUGUUAAUAAAGCCGCUGACGAG